AUGGCCCUCCUCAAAGAGCAAGGGGAGGCCUUGGGAACUGAUCGUGUUUCUGUGAAAAGUGGCAAACCCAAGUCUCCAGAGGACUUGUACAACCACUCCUUAAUUCAUCAGGUAUUUCCCAGCCAAGAUCCCCUGGACAGAGCAGAUUUCAAUGCUGUGGAGUAUAUUAAUGCUCUCUUUCCCACUGAGCAAUCUUUGGCAAACAUUGAUGAAGUUGUGAACAAGAUCAGAUUGAAAAUAAGGAGGUUGGAUGACAACAUCCGAACUGUGGUGAGGGGCCAGACCAACGUGGGACAGGAUGGGAGGCAGGCCCUGGAAGAAGCCCAAAAAGCCAUUCAACAGCUCUUUGGUAAAAUUAAGGAUAUUAAAGACAAGGCUGAAAAAUCUGAACAAAUGGUGAAGGAAAUCACCCGGGAUAUCAAGCAGCUGGAUCAUGCCAAGCGUCACUUGACCACCUCCAUCACCACCCUCAACCACCUCCACAUGCUGGCAGGGGGGGUGGACUCUCUGGAGGCCAUGACCAGGAGGAGACAAUAUGGGGAAGUUGCCAACCUUCUCCAAGGUGUCGUGAAUGUGUUGGAGCACUUCAACAAAUACAUGGGGAUCCCUCAGAUUCGACAGCUCUCUGAAAGGGUGAAGGCAGCACAGAACGAGCUGGGGCAGCAGAUCCUGGCUGACUUCGAGGAAGCCUUUCCUUCUCAAGGCACAAAGAGGACUGGUGGGCCCAGCAAUGUCCUACGUGAUGCCUGCCUGGUAGCCAACGUCCUGGAUCCCAGGAUCAAACAGGAAAUCAUCAAGAAAUUUAUUAAACAACACCUCUCAGAGUAUCUGGUCCUUUUCCAGGAAAAUCAAGAUGUGGCCUGGCUGGACAAGAUCGACCGGCGCUACGCGUGGGUCAAGCGGCAGCUGGUGGAUUACGAGGAGAAGUUCGGGCGCAUGUUCCCCGCGGAGUGGUGCAUGACGGAGCGCAUCGCCGUGGAGUUCUGCCACGUCACCCGGGCAGAGCUCUCCAAGAUCAUGCGCACGAGGGCGAAGGAGAUUGAGGUGAAAUUGCUUCUGUUUGCAAUUCAGAGAACAACCAACUUUGAGGGGCUCCUGGCCAAACGCUUCUCAGGCUGCACUCUCACUGAUGGCACAGUGAAGAAGCCAGAAGUGCCACCUCCCUCCACCAACCCCUUUCUGGAGGAUGAAACUGUGGCAGAGGCAGAUGAGAUUGUGAUGGAGAAGAGUGAUACAGAUAAACCAAAGAAGCCAAAGGUCCCUGACAAUCCUUUCCAUGGCAUUGUUUCCAAGUGCUUUGAGCCUCACCUUUAUGUCUAUAUCGAGUCCCAGGACAAGAAUCUGGGUGAGCUGAUUGACAGGUUUGUGGCUGACUUCAAGGCUCAGGGUCCCCCCAAGCCCAACGUGGACGAAGGAGGAGCUGUCCUGCCCAGCUGUGCUGACCUCUUUGUGUACUACAAGAAGUGCAUGGUGCAGUGCUCCCAGCUCAGCACUGGUGAGCCCAUGAUAGCCCUGACCACCAUCUUCCAGAAAUACCUGCGGGAAUACGCCUGGAAAAUCCUCUCUGGAAACCUGCCCAAGACAACCAGCAGCAGUGGUGGGCUCACCAUCACAAGUUUGCUGAAAGAAAAGGAAGGCUCUGAGGUGGCAAAGUUUACCUUAGAAGAGCUCUGCCUGAUUUGCAGCAUCCUGAGUACUGCAGAGUAUUGCCUGGCCACCACCCAGCAGUUGGAAGAGAAGCUCAAAGAAAAAGUGGAUGCAAGCCUAAUGGAGAGAAUCAACCUGACAGGAGAGAUGGACACUUUCAGCAUUGUGAUCUCCAACAGCAUCCAGCUGUUAGUGCAGGACCUGGAUGCAGCCUGUGACCCUGCCCUGACUGCUAUGAGCAAGAUGCAGUGGCAGAACGUGGAGCACGUUGGUGACCAGAGUCCUUAUGUCACCUCAGUGAUCCUGCACAUUAAACAGAAUGUCCCCAUCAUCCGUGACAACCUGGCCUCCACGAGGAAGUAUUUCACUCAGUUCUGCAUCAAGUUUGCAAACUCCUUCAUUCCCAAGUUCAUUAACCAUCUCUUCAAGUGCAAACCCAUCAGCAUGGUGGGUGCAGAGCAGCUGCUGCUGGACACUCACUCUCUGAAGAUGGUUCUGCUGGAUCUGCCCUCCAUUGGGUCCCAAGUGGUGAGGAAGGCUCCUGCCAGCUACACAAAGAUAGUGGUGAAAGGCAUGACUCGAGCUGAAAUGAUCCUGAAGGUGGUGAUGGCUCCACAUGAGCCCCCAGUCGUGUUUGUGGACAAUUACAUCAAGCUUCUGGCUGACUGCAGCACUGACACAUUCCAGAAGAUCCUCGACAUGAAGGGCCUGAAGAGGAGCGAGCAGAGCAGCAUGCUGGACCUGUUCCGCCUGCGCCUCCCCGCGCCUCCCCCCGGCGGCGAGGGCGGCGCGCUCUCGCUCAGCGCCGCCACGCCCGAGCAGGAAUCCUCCCGCAUCCGCAAGCUGGAGAAACUCAUCAAGAAGAGACUCUGAGCAGCACAGGGAAACUCACAGCUCGGGGCUGGCAGCAGGGAGGGGGAAGCAGAGCUCGUCAGGAUUGGGAUUUCCAGCCUGUGCUGUCACUCCCAAUCCCUGUGAUCUCUCAGCCAUCACAGACUGCCACGCUUUGAGACCAAGGGAGAGUCUGACCGAGGUGUUUGCCCUCAGCUUAGCAGGAGUGAAAGCCAGGACCUUGCCAGUGAUGGAGAAAAUAGAGGCAUCUGGAAGCCAGCAGCUACAGAAAGGAUUCAGGUGGAUUCAGAGGCUGUCUGGCUGUGAUGCACUUGGUGUUGCUUUCACCCUGCAGCACUGAGAGUUUUGCCUCAGUUCUGUGUUACUGCUCACUCCCUGCUGCAGAGCUGUUCCUCUGAGUCCUUAUUUAUUGUGGGGUGGGGGGGACCAGCCCCAAACCAUCACCACCACCACCAAAACCCCAACCCUUUAACAGCUGGGAUCUGGCAUCUGCAGCUCCACUGAAUCAAUGAGAUGCCCCAGGAGGGAAUCCCAAGGCAGAUUUCUCCCCUGCUCCCAGGACAAGCAUGCAUAAAGCACCGUGAAACAGCAAGGCAAAUCCUUUUCAGAACAGGAGGAAAGGGCUGAAUUAAUGCCUUCUGCACCUUGGCAGAGCUCCUGCCAACCAGCUGGCAGCCUUGGCUGCUGUUGGAGCUUCAAAGCCAAGCAGGACAUGAGUGGAGCCCUCUCCAGCUGCUUGGUAUUUCCCUGGCGUGUGCUGGGCUCACCCGCUGUCCCCAGUGGGAUCCCAUCCUUCCUGGCCAGCAUCUCUCCCUCUCUCCACAAAGAGUCCUUCAUGGAGCAAGUGUCAGACUGCUCCAGCCCCUCCUUCUCACUCCAGCUGGCGUGUCCCAAGCAGGGAUGUGCCACCCUGGCACCUCUGCUGCCCUGCAAGGAGAGCUGCUGGGAAUGUUGGCUCUGUCAGGGAGCCAGGGCCACUUGCUGGGACAGGAGGUUUUCAGCAGCCUCAGGCUUCAAGGCUCUGCUCCUCUGAGCUUCGGCUUGCAGCAGUGCAGAGGGGAAGAGAGCCAGCAGUGAAAUAUUUUGGAUAACCCAGGCCCUUCUUGCCAUGGCUCCCAGCCCCAGAGCCAGCGUGGAGCAGGGUUGGGAUCAGUGGAUGCUUCCCCAAGGAGUUUCCAUGCAGGGAGGCCUCACCUUGUCAUUAGCCCUGCUGGGUUUCUUCCCAAACUCCUCUGUACCCUUUCUGGGAGAUUUUGAAGGCACAUUCCCAGCCAUGAGUGAGUCCCACAUGGGUGUAGGGCAGAUCAACCCCCCACCAGUGCCUGUGUUAUUUAACUCGAGCUUCACUUGCAUGUGCAGGAAAGAGAAGUCCUGUACCAGUGUGGCAGG